CCUCUCUCUUCUGGUCCAGGACCCCCUCCCCUCCCUGGUCGACCCCUGCGGUUGGGGGGGGGGAGGGCAAGGGGAAACCCCUUCCCCUCCCACCCCUCCCACACACACACACACACACACACACACAGAGCUUCCAGCUGCGGCAAGCGCGCGUGCCGAGGCAGCUGCUGGCUCUUUGCCGGGCGGAGGGGAAGGGGCGGCUCGGGGAGCCGACUCGAGCCAGAGCCGGCGGAGACCGGGGAAGGGCGGCCGGCAGGAAGUUCCCGUUUUCGGGCGGGCCCUGCAGCUGCAGCGCCGUUGCAAUGCGAGGCGGAGGCGGCGGCAGGAGGAGGAGGAAGAGGAGGAAGAGGCGGCGGGUUGCAAAAGCUCAAGAGCCGCCUCCUGCGCUCGUUGCCGCUGCUGUUGCUCCGGCUCCGGAUACCGACUGAGCCGCAGCCCGAUACGGAGCGCCACUUUCCCGGUUCAGACCGAGAGAAAGACCCCGGGGCUCUUCUCCGGGGUCCCCAAGGCGCUGUCCGAGCAUGGAGCUGCUGGUGCUGCUGGUACUCUGGGCGUCCUGGGGAUGCCUGGCAGAUGCUUCCAGCCGUGAACCCUGGAAUCACGACUCCCUUUGUUCGUGGCCUGUCACCCCGAGAAUCGUGCAGGCCGCUCGGACGGUUGACUUGCAGGCAGCACCGUUGGGUCCCCACAGCUUCCCCGCUCGGCUCCAGCUUGCUUUCGAGGUGGAAGGGGAGGGUCUGCUUCUGGAUUUGGCACAGAAUCGGGAACUGAUGACGGGCAGCUCAGGGUUAACGUACUACCUCCCAAACGGGACAAGAACGGUGCAUCCAGCCAGUCCGGAGGGUAACUGCUGUUAUCGGGGGAGCGUUCAAGGAUACCCCGACUCUUGGGCCAGUGUCUGUGUUUGUUCGGGUUUAAGUGGUCUCCUUACCGUCUCCCGGUUUAAAAGCUACACCUUGGAAUCUACCCCAGACGGGAAGACGAGGGCCUACGGACUGAAGCCGGCAAGCGGGAUUUGCACACAGAGCCAACGAUUUCACCCACAUCUGGAGUCAAAACAGGCACCGUUGCAACGGGUGAAGCGAGAAGCGGAGGCCGAGCGUGGUUAUGUGGAGCUGGUGAUAGUGGCCGACCACGCCGAGUUCAAGCUGGAUCCGAACCUCAACCGGACUCGAACCCGGAUCUUGGAAAUCGCCAGCCACAUGGAUGGGUUCUACAGGCUGCUGGGUCUGCGGGUGGCUCUGGUCGGUGCCGAAGUCUGGAAUAACGGCAACCAGGUGUCGACGAACGGAAGCGCAAAAGAAAUUCUCCGGCGGUUCCUGGCGUGGAGAGAGAAGGAUUUGCUGCCCCAGGUUCCCCACGACAACGUUCAGCUCAUUGUUGGUCCUCCGUUUCCCGCCGGCGUGAUUGGCGCGUCGACCCAAGGAUCCAUCUGCUCAAAAGGUUCCGGUGGGAUCAGCAUGGGCCAUUCCGUUAGCUCUUUAAUCAUGGCUUCCACUCUUUCACAUCAACUUGGCCACAAUCUCGGUCUCGCCCACGACAGCGACGGCUGCGGCUGCAACACUUCCAUCCGUCCCCAGAGCCGGAAGUGCAUCAUGGAAGCGCCGACAGGGAUUAUGCCCGGAUUGAGUUUCAGCACCUGCAGCCAACGACGUUUUCAAGAAAUCCUCCAGAGCAACCAGGUCGGCUGCCUCCUCGACCAGCCCGAAGCAACCCGCUUGGCGAAGUCCCGUUGCGGGAACCGCCUGGUAGAAUCUGGAGAACAGUGCGAUUGCGGCCUCUUUUUGGAGUGUACGGAUCCGUGUUGCAAUGCAACCACCUGCCAAUUAAUUCCAGGAGCCCAGUGUGCCACCGGACAAUCUUGCUGUCACCAAUGCAAGCUACGCAGUGCUGGACACACGUGCCGUCCAGUCCAGAACGAAUGCGACCUCCCCGAAUUCUGCGACGGGACUUCCCCACGCUGCCCUUCGAACGUCUACAAGCAAGAUGGCAGCUUAUGCGAAGGCGGCAAGGCUGUGUGCCAUGGGGGCAUCUGCCCCACAUACUUAAGCCAGUGCCAAGCCCGUUGGGGUCCCGAUGCGAUUCCCACGUCGGAAAGCUGCGUGACGUCUCUGAAUCAGAGGGGAGAUGCCCGGGGAAAUUGUGGGCAGAAUCCUGACGGAUCCUACAUUUCCUGUGCUAAGAGCGACGUCCGGUGCGGUCAGCUGCAGUGCGAGAAAAAACGGAACGGAACAGUUAAGACUUCGAACUGCCUGCGGGAUGCUCUGAAAUUUGUCGUCGCAGCCGACGUCGUGGACGAGGCCUGGGCGUUAUUGGGGACAAAUUGUGGUCCUAACAAAGUUUGUAUCAACCAGCGAUGCCAGGAAGUUUCCUCAUUAAAAUUACCCGUAUGCCAGUGCAACGGACGCGGGCUCUGUAACAGCAAAGGGCACUGCCAUUGCGAGCCCGGGUGGGCGCCCCCUCACUGCCAGACGGGUGGCCUUGGGGGCAGUGUGGAUAGCGGGCCCCCCGCCCCGGGGGAAGCGAACCGGGCGACCUCGACGGCGCUGGUGGUGAUCGCGCUACUCCUGGCGGCGUUGCUGGUUGUGGGUCUGUGUUGUGCCAGGCGCCUGGGCCUCCACAAGCGCCUCUGCCAAUUCGGCAAGGGCACGAGUUGCCAGUACAGGACUGAGCCCGAAUCACAGGUGCAAUUCCUUCACCCAGCCGAAAGAAUCACCCAACCGGAACCCCGAAGUUACAGCAAAGCACCGCCAAACCGUCCUCGGCCCCCACAGUGGAAAUCAAGCACUGAGCUUCAACUCAUGCCAACGUCUAAGCAGCCCGCUGCGCUGGGUGCCGCGCGGCCGGAGCCACCCUCCAAGCCGUUGCCGCCUGACCCGGUCCCAAAGGAUCCACAGGAUUCCGCUGGGGAACGACCCGGCCCUCCUAUACGCCCGUUGCCUCCUGACCCUAUUCCCAAAAUCCAGGUAAUGGUUUCGGCCUUUCACCGUGUGGAGGUGAACUCACCUGAGGGCGGGGGGGAAAGGGACUCCAUUUGCAAAUGGAAACGUGAGGAGAACAACCAGAAUAGACUUUCACAAUUUUGGCAGCUUUAAGAUGGGUGGAAUUCGACUCCCAGAAUCCCCCAGCCACCAUGGCUUAAGAUAGGUGGACUUCAAUUCCCAGAAUUCCCCAGCCACGUUUUAAGAUAGGUGGGCUUCAACUCCCAGAAUUCCCCAGCCACUUUAAGAUAGGUGGACUUCAAUUCCCAGAAUUCCCCAGCUAGCAUGGCUUAAGAUAGGUGGACUUCAAUUCCCAGAAUUCCCCAGCCACGUUUUAAGAUAGGUGGGCUUCAACUCCCAGAAUUCCCAGCCACGUUUUAAGAUAGGU